GACAACCCCGCCUCUUGUGGGGUGUUGUGGUGGUGUGCGUAAACGUUGAUUGGUCUGUCAUCUCCUGCUCUUCCGCACGCGGAACUGUCCCUGCUGCUAUGCUAGCUAAACACAUCAUUAUACAAACACGUUACUUAACUUAAAAAACAAAACACGGUGCUCUGUAGCGUGGCUUCCGUCACUAAUAUUUGAAGGUGUGCCAUAACGCGACUUUUGAGGUACGCAUGUAAAGAUUUAGUAGCUAAUUUCCGCAGUAUCCUGUGCUGAGGUCACUAGCUAGGCGCAUUAGCUUGGCGGAAGUUGUCAGAAGCCAUUUGUUAACGUUAGAUAUCACUGCGAGCUAAUGCUAUUUUUUGAAUAAAUUUUGUGUGGAGCUAUAGAUAGAAGAAGUGGACGUAAUUACCAAGACGUUGCUAACUACUUACUGCAAUCUACAAUCCUGGCUAGGAUGUUGCUGAGGACACUGAGGCUGAGGACCUCUCUAAAACCCUUGAGCAAACACAACAUCAUGCGCCCAUCCACAUCCUGUUAUGGCCCAUUGCCCACCAGCCUGUGUCAAAGUGUAGCCUGCUGUCGGAGGCUCCACGGCGGGACUGAUAUGGCCAACAGGUCCUGUGACGAAGCACCACAGAGGUUACCCUUCGCCAGGGUGACACAAGAGGAUUUGGACUAUUUCAGGAGGCUACUACCUGGCAGGACCAUCACAGACCCGGACCUUUUAGAAGCGUGCAAUGUAGACUGGCUCAAGUCUGUGAAAGGUUCCAGUGAAGUGCUGCUGAGGCCUCAGUCAACACAGGAAGUCUCUCAAAUCCUCAGCUACUGUAAUCAUCGUAACCUGGCGGUGAACACGCAAGGUGGCAACACCGGGCUGGUGGGCGGCAGCGUGCCUGUUUACGACGAGAUCGUUCUGUCCACCGCCUUCAUGAACAAUAUCCUGAGCUUUGACAGCGUUUCUGGGGUCCUGACUUGCCAGGCGGGUUGUGUUCUCGAGAACCUGUCUCUCUACCUGGAGGAGCGAGACCACAUCAUGCCUCUAGACCUGGGGGCCAAAGGAAGCUGCCAUAUCGGAGGUAACGUGGCGACCAACGCUGGCGGGCUGCGGCUGCUGCGGUACGGCUCCUUGCACGGGAAUGUUCUGGGUUUGGAAGCGGUGUUGGCAGACGGGCAGGUCCUGGACUGUUUGGCCACUUUGAGGAAGGACAAUACAGGAUACGACCUCAAACAGCUCUUCAUAGGCUCUGAAGGAACCCUAGGGGUCAUUACAGCCGUCUCUGUCCUUUGUCCUCGCAAACCCAAAUCUGUCAAUGUGGUUUUUCUGGGUUGUGAAACAUUUGAGGAUCUCCUGAAGACAUUUCAGCUCUGCAGAGGAAUGCUGGGUGAAAUCCUGUCUGCGUUUGAGUUUUUGGACAGCGAAUGUAUGAGGCUGCUCAAUACACACCUCAAACUGGACAACCCCGUCUCUGAUUGCCCGUUCUACAUUGUCAUAGAAACGUCUGGAUCUGACACGAGGCACGACGAGGAGAAGCUCCACAAUUUUUUGGAGGAGGCCAUGACCUCAUCGCUGGUCACUGAUGGGACGGUGGCGACAGAGGAAUCCAAAUCAAAGGCUUUAUGGUCGAUGCGUGAACGCGUAACAGAGGCUCUGACUCACGACGGCUUCACCUACAAGUAUGACGUCUCGCUUCCCGUGGAGAAGAUCUACCAGCUGGUGACUGACAUGAGGGAGCACCUAGGGGGCCAGGCGAAGAGUGUGGUAGGAUACGGACACGUAGGAGAUGGCAACCUCCACUUGAACAUCACUUCUCCUGCCAGAGACCCCGUCCUCUUGGCCGCCAUUGAGCCUUUCAUCUACGAGUGGACAUCCGGCUGCCAGGGUAGCAUCAGUGCCGAGCAUGGGCUUGGCUUGAAGAAGAGGAACUACAUCUACUAUAGUAAACCCAGCCAGGCGGUCGCCAUGAUGGCCAGAAUCAAGAGCAUGCUGGACCCCAAAGGAAUUCUUAACCCCUACAAGACUUUACCGGACCACCUGCGAUGAAAGUCACCAGUGGUGCAAUGCUCUGUGAGAAGGCCUUCAAGGCUAAUUAAGGUAAUAUGAAGAUAUGAGUUUUAUAUACCAAUCAGUCCAUGGUGCACCCCGCCUCUCGCCCAAAUACAGCUGGGAUAGGCGCCAGCAUAUUCAUGACCCUAGUGAGGAUAAGCGGCACAGAACUGGAUAAGACUUCUAUAUACUACGACUUGUUUUUGUCCAGAUGUGACCACAUGGCAAGGGGGUGCGUGGAAACAUUAAAUUUCCAAGCUGAGUAAAUUCUGUCAUUUCAUAUUAAGUCAGACAAUAAAAUGGAAUGUGUGGGUGACAAAAAGGCUCUGGAGGUUGGGAAUGAAUGUUGGGUUGAAUGAACAGCUGAAGUAAUGACUUAAAAUUUCAUUAAAACUGAAUUACAGUACGUUUUUUGUUGGUUAUGCUGUGUAAUAAAAUGGUAGUUUCAGCAAUAUUUUGCUUUAUUUUUAAUGCUACGAUAGCUAUUUUGAUAACCAUAUUCAAUUCCGCAAAUUGUUCACAACAAAAGCUUAAAAAAAAAAAAAAGGAUCAAGAUGGGGUCAGCAAGACGAAAAAAAAAUUGGGAUCAGAAGCCAAAAAAUGUGGAUGGGGACAUCCUUAACACUGUAGUACUGUAGUAAGUACCUGUAUUAAUAUACAAGUAUGGUCAAAUACUGCAGUACUGUAGUAAGUACCUGCAUUAAUAUACAAGUAUGGUCAAAUCAGUGGCCAGAAGUGCAGCAAAUGUUUUAUUACAUAUAAAAAGACAAAAAUGAGCAUUUGUGAGCAAAUUCACCUGUAACCGCACACCUAGGCAACUUCAAGGCAUAAAUAAAAUGUUUCCUACUGUAGAUGGAGUGUUUUGUUUGUCCUUAUUCAGGUGCUUAGUGCAGUGAGGCAAGAUGGGCGGCGAGGGGAGUAUGCAGAGGUCCAGCUCGCUAGACAGUAAACCUCCAUAUCUUAAAAAUAAAAAGUCACUAGUGUAAACAAAUAUUCCUUGACCUCCCCUGUCCCUUCACAGACUCCAACUGUAAUAUCUGCAGAUGUAUUCCUAUUUUGCAGCUCUAGCGCUAUGACGAUGGAGCCAUGACCACAGCAAAUGGACGUGUUUGCCUCCGUAGCGAUGUGAUAAGCUAAGUACACAGAGUCAAGUCUGUUGGCUAACUCCUGAUUGUCUCUAGCCAGAGUAGAACAUUAGAAGUGUUCCUGGUCCUGCUGAUGGAGCUACACGUGUCUCCCCACCCCCCCGUCUUGUAAAGGCCCGGUACGGACCAAACCAGUGGAAGGCAACCAAGGGAGAAGGGAAGAAAGGAUGCUCCUCUCACGAGUCCUUCACCUUGUCCAGGGAGCUGUGGAUCUUAUCCAGGGUCUUCUUGAUGCGCAGCGCUGUCAACCUGGCUGACGGGUUCUGGUACCAACACUCCUUCAUCAGCUUCACCAAAGAUGAGAGCGUCUGAGAGGAGAAGAAAGAAAAGCUAAGACCUAACAGGAAUGCAGUGAUCCACAAGGGGCGAGCGAGCCAACGACAUACCGGGUCAGAGAACCAACGAUUGGGUAUGAAAGGCCUCUGCUGUUCCACACAGACCACCUUCCUCAUCUCCUCAAAACUCGGGUCGUUUGGCACCAGAUCAUAGAAGGGAGGCUUGUAGUCUUCUAUGAUACCUGCACAGACAAAUUGAGGGAAUUUAUCAGGGCCAACAGAUUAAGAAGGUCCCAAAAACUUAAGACUCACCGUUGCUGUAGGUGCGCCUCGCUAUCUCCCACAGCACCAGCCCGAAGGCCCAGAUGUCCACCCUCUUGAAGGCGUCGAAGCAGUCCGUCUGUAUGCUCUCGUCCAGGACCUCGGGCGCCAUGUAGCGCUUGGUGCCCACUUUGGGGUUGUUGCCCACGUCCAGCAAGUUGUCUGCCUGGGAGUGGGUCACCGCCAGCCCUGAAAACACACCAGCACUGAAUCACAGCCCAGUUUCUACCACACAGUGCAGUCUGGUAAGCAUUGGGGUUUCCUUUGUGGAA